AUGCAGUAAGGUCAUCUGUCGCAAGGUGGCGUUUCGAACGAUGCACUUCAAAUUGGAAACCGUUGAAGUUGUUAGCGUUGGUGCUAAUUUAGCUCUAACUUUUUAACAAUCAAAAUUAGGGAAUAAUAACAAAGUUUAAUUGAGACAACUACAGAAAACUGUGAGGAAAAAGAUGUUAAAUGAGCCAAAUAAAGACCACAUUCCGGAGAAAUUUCCAAGAGAAAGAAACAACAUUGAUGACUUCAUAAAGAGGAGACCAAGUCUUAACAGAAGUAUUACUGGUGGUGGUUCUGGUUCAACUUUUCGAGCUGCUUGUGCUGCGGUAGACUCAUCCCUACCUCCUUCUGGGAAGAAACAUAAAAUAACAGAACUAUGUCUGAAUCAUACCCUGAAGGAAAUGAAGUUUAAUGCCUUAGAAAAAGAGCAAGAUGCUGUUGCUGCCUAUUCAGAAAGGCUACGGGAUAACAUUGAAGACAUUCUAAACAAAGUUCUAGUUUCUACUGGAGAUAAAGCUCAUCAGAAAUUUGAGAAACGAACAAGAUCAGCCACAAAACAACUGAAGAAUGAGAAGUUGCUGUGGAAUGAAGAAUACAAAAAGAGAAGAGAAGCCUAUUUAGAUGCAAAGAGUAAGCUUAAAGAUGUCUUGAAGGGAAGAGUGCAAAUUGAAACAGGCCGAUUGAAAUCUGAAGAUGUAAAGUUUCUAAAGAGCUUACCAGAUUUUGCAGCAGUCAACAAGAAAAUUGUUUCAUAUCAAACACGCCACUACAUAGGACUCGUACACCUGGAAAAAAAUUCCCAACAACUACAUCGGUCCUUAUCAACGGUUGAGCGUCAACUAGACGAAGUUCAGAGCAUGAUAGUUCCAACUUUUCAAUGGACAUAGGACCUUCUCCCAUUCCUUUCUGGAUAACGACGUCUACAAUAAUCCUUUCUUCCGCUACAUAAUCCGCUAUACUUUGCUGGCUUUCUUGUUGACGUAUGACAUGUGAUGGAGGUACUCCUGGCGGUAAAGUCCUCCCCGGAUUUCUAAUAUGAAUUUUAACUUCGCCACAACUUGUUCGAUGGUCUUCGAGUCACACUCAAUUCGCAAACGCCUCCAUUUUCUUUUAUCUGUGUCGUAAUACAUAAUAGCAACUGA